CUGAAGAGAGGCUGACUCUGUGCUGACACAGAUUCAGGACCGUUCAGCCUGUCACAUCCUGAGAGCACUCUCUCUGCCUCUCCGUCUCUUACAUUCUCACACACACAGACACUUCCUCCUGCCCCCAUGGCUGAGUUUGUGAGAGUUCGCAAGAAACACCUACAGGCUCCGAUCAAAAGGUUACGCAUCAUGAUGAAACAGCUGGACAAGGCAGAGGUGGACUUCGAAGACAUGAAGAAGAAUCUGGAAUACACAGCUUCUCUGCUAGAGGCAGUUUACAUUGAUGAGAACAGGCAGAUCCUGGAUAUCGAAGAUGACCUGCAGCAGCUCAGAUCAGACACAGUCCACUCGGAGGUGCGUGAUUGGCUGUCCUCCACCUUUACCCACAAGGCCCUUUCCCCUGGCAAGCGGUCCGACGAGAAGCGCACAUUCCGCAGCAUUGUUCACGUGGUGCAGGCUGGCAUCUUCGUGGAGAGAAUGUUUAAGAAAGCCUACUCUGCUGCCAUUCCCAACCAGUCAUCUGCUGUGCUUCACUGCCUGAGGAACGUGGACCGGUGGAACUUCGACAUGUUUGCACUGAACUCGGCCUGCAGGGAGCGCUCUCUGAGGACCGUGGUCAUCGAGCUCCUCACCCGAUACGAGCUCAACAGCCACUUCAAGAUUCCAAUCGCGUUCCUAAUCUCCUUCCUCGAUGCUCUGGAGAGCGGAUACAACAAGCACCGGAACCCGUAUCACAGCCAGGUCCACGCGGCCGACAUCACUCAGACUGUCCACUGCCUCCUGCUGCGCACAGGCUUAGUGAACUGGCUGAGCGAGCUGGAGAUCCUUGCAGCGCUCUUUGCAGCUGCGAUCCACGACUUUGAGCACACCGGCACCACCAACCCCUUCCACGUGCAGACCAGGUCCGAUUACGCGAUGAUCUAUAACGACCGCUCUGUGCUGGAAAGUCACCACGUGAGCGCUGCGUUUCGGCUCAUGCAGGACGAUGAGAGGAACAUCUUCAUCAACCUCUCCCGGGAGGAAUGGAGGGAGCUGCGGAGUCUCGUCAUCGAGAUGGUUCUGGCAACGGACAUGUCGACCCACCUCAUGCAGGUCAAGUCCAUGAAGACCUGUCUGCAGCAGCUGGACAGGAUUGACAAGCCCAAGGCCCUGUCCCUGCUGCUGCACACUGCAGAUAUCAGCCACCCCACCAAGCCCUGGGCUCUACAUGCUCGCUGGACCAAGGCCCUGAUGGAGGAGUUCUUCAGGCAGGGAGACAAGGAGGCAGAAUUGGGGCUCCCUUUCUCUCCUCUCUGUGACCGCAAGACCACGCUGGUAGCCCAGUCCCAGAUUGGGUUCAUUGAUUUCAUCGUGGAGCCCACCUUCUCUCUGCUGACGGACAUGGCUGAGAAGAUCGUGAUCCCGCUGGUUCAGGAAAACCCGUCACCGCCCGACUCCUGCAAAAGGCUCAGUUUCUUGUGGAGAGAGAGCUCUCGGGGUCUGGAGUGGAAUCAAGCACACAUCACAGCCGAGCUGCGCAAUUUCCGCUCCACCUGGACCCGGUACACGCAGCAGAACAAACUGAAGUGGAAGGAGCGAGCUGCCAACAAAUCUGCAGACCAGUGCUCCAUUAAGGAGCUGUCUUCGGGUGAAGAGGACUUCUCGGAGGAGAACGCAGUGGAGCUCCGUCACAAGGACUAGCGUCCUGGUCGGGGCAGCCCGGUGCCUGGCGUGGGUGUCGUGGCAAAUUCCGCCACCCUGCCCACAGGCGCCAAUCUCUACUGUAAGGUGUUGGGGACAAAACGUGUGGCAAUAUAGGACAAAUUCUUAGAAACACAGAUGGCGAGUAUCGAAACAGUAACAGCGAUAAGAAAUGUUUUUAAUGUGUAUUUUAACUAUAAACUAUUCUGCUUCAGAAACGCUAUGCUUGAUCGCAUUGUUACUUGACAAAUUAGGGUCAUUAUAUGUCUGAUCUGAAACAGAAUUCCUUUUCCAGUUCAGGCAGAUUGAUGUCACCCCGAAUGUCUUGGUGUGUGUGACAAACUGCUAUGGAGUUCAGUCUGCUUUGUGUCAUACUGCUGCGCAGCCAGGACUUCAGUCGUCAUAGGCUGCUAAAACUGAGUUCUGCUUGGGCCAAAGAUGCUGGCGAAACGAGAAGCAAACGUAAAAGUUGUUCAACUUGUGGGAAAAGUCUUGUAGACAUCUAUUAAGAUUUUCCAGCAGCGCUAAAACUGGCAUAGCCAUGUGCAAUCCCAAGAGUACUGUUCCCAUUCGAAAUCUUACAAGUAAGCCGUUGGCAGGAGAAGCUGUUUCUUAUCUCAUCCGCUCAGCUAGACUGUACCUCUGGGUAUUGUGUUAAAACAAACUUCACAUCUGCAGGACGCGUUAGCCAUCUCGCUGGUCAUAGCGGCCUGAUUGAGUGAAACGUUGUACUUUCACUGCAAGCAACAGGGGCCGCAUUCACAAAGCUGACUUAAGUCUAAGACUGGUCACAAGCCUUCAAUUUGAACUUAAGUCUUAUUCACGAACAAGUCUUAAUGUGAUUUUGGUUUUAAGUAUGUGCUUAACUUUAAGACUACCUUGGAGGAGGCAUUUUUGUAGACAGGGGAAAACCUUUUGGUAGUUUUUAACGAGACUGAACUGAGAAGUCGAUACCGUUUUGGGAGACAGUCAGUUGAAACGCUAACUUAUAUUUUAGAGACCUUUCUCCCCCAACCAACAGAAGCAUGCAAUUUCAGCUUUGUUGCAGGUAAAAAAAACAAAAAAAAAAAAAAAAAACAUACAUUACUUUCUUUACAAUCACUCGAACUUAUUUAAAUAAAUGAAAUUGUCAAUAGUUUUUUCUUUUAAACAAAACAGUACAAAUUGUUAACUAUAAAAACAUACAAAAAUGUUGGCAGUACAAUUAAAAAGAAUCUACCAAAUUGUUUUAUGCUGCAAGCUAGCACAGAACCAAAACAUUGUUGUAGUCAAUAAAAAAUAAACAGUACCAAAAAAAACCGCUUAUUUCUGGUUAAAAAUGCUUUGAUUAAUUUGAAUACAUUUUUUCUCUGUAAAUAGUUUUUUUUUUUUAAAUAUAAAUUAGUGAGAUUGCCUCAUCACUGUGAAAUAAUUCAACAUAUCACUAUUUAUAAAUUUUAAAAUAUAAUAACGACGUGUCAUUAACAUAACAUAUUAAAUCCUAUUUUACAAUGUAUUAGUUUGACAUUACUGUAUAUAUUUACAGUAUAUGAUUAUAUUUCGUACUUUAUAAUCCCAGUGAAGGAGCCAAACUGACAGUUUUCUGUCAGGCAGCGCGAGCAGUUUGAGCGGGAGAUAGUGAAGAUAGGUCGCGCGAGGACAGAAACACGGUCUAAAUUAAACUCGCUUUGUGAAGGUCAUAACAUAGCCUUUUUUUGGUCUUAAUCUUAAAUCAGCUUUGUGAAUACGCUGCGAGUAAACACAAAGAAAAAAUGAUGUAGCCUAAAAAAUCGUUUUUAUAAAUCGAAAUAUAAAAUUGACAAAAUGGUAAUAUGCCAGUAGGCAUCGAUAUUAGAUCGUUAUAUUUUAUUGAAAAAAAAAUAAAUCCUACCUCACUAACUUCUGGCAAUAUUUCACUGCUACCAUCUAGUUAUUCCACCCUUUUUUUUCAGGUGGUUUCCUAAAAAAAAAAAAAAAAAAAAAGAAAGAAAAUCCACUUUCAAAAUCAAAAC